AUGGCGCAGUCAAGCGACAAGAAGCGCCAGCGCGAGGCCGACGACGUUCCUGCCAACGGUAGCGACGUCAAUGGCAACGACCAGACCCAGGACCACGGCGACAACCCGCCCGCAAAGAAGCCACGGACUGAGACCCGCCAGCUCUUCGUUCGCUCGCUGCCCCCGACCGCUACAAGCGAGAAGCUCACCGAGUUCUUCUCGCAAUACUACCCCGUCAAGCAUGCGACCGUCGUGCUGGACCCCAAGACCAAGGAGUCGCGCGGCUUCGGCUUCGUCGCCUUCACCGACCCGGACGACGCUCUCGAGGCCAAGGAGAAGCUGCAGAACUUCUACUUCGAAGGCCGCCACUUGAAGCUCGAUAUUGCCCACCCUCGCCACCGCAACCCGGAGAAAUCGGGCGUCGAGGCCGUUACCAAGGCGAUCGAGGAGAAACGCAAGCGCGAGCUCGAAAAGGAGCUGAAGAAGCAGCCGCCCAAGCUUAUUAUUCGCAACCUGCCAUGGAGUAUCAAGACGUCCGAGCAGUUGGCCAAGAUCUUUGAGCCGUACGGCAAGGUUAAGUUCUCCGACCUGCCCAACAAUAACGGCAAGCUGGCUGGUUUCGGUUUCGUCACUAUGCGCCGCCGCAGGAACGCCCAGAAGGCUAUUGAUGCUGUCAAUGGCACGGUUAUUGACGGGCGUACCGUGGUUGUCGAUUGGGCUGUGGACAAGCAGACAUGGCAGAAGAUCAAUUCCGAGCUGCAGGCAUCUGAGCAGAAGGAGAAGGAGGAGAGCAAGAGCAAGAAGGAUAAGAAGGACGAUGACGAGGAUGACCCGAACAUGAGUCAGGCCGACAAGGAUUUGGCUGACUUCUUCAAGAAUUUUGGCGAGAACCUGGAAAGCGAGGAUGAAGAUGAAGAUGAAGAGAAGGAUGACGAGGAGGACAGAGAAAAAGAAGAAGAAGAAAAAGAUGAUGAUGAUGAUGAGGAAGAGGAGGAGGAGGAGGAGGAGGAGGAGGAGGACGAUAACGACGACGAUGAGAGCUCAGAGGGUAAGUCUGAUGAUGACGAGGAUGAAGAUUCAUUCGACGAGAAUGAAUACUCAAACUCAGACGAAACCUCACCAGAAGAGGAUUCCGACGCAUCAGGCUCCGAAGAAGAUGAAGAAGAAGAAAAGCACAAAAAACAACUAACGACGGACACCUCGACCACCAUCUUCGUCCGCAACCUCCCCUAUACCACCACCGACGAAACCCUUAAAGCCCACUUUACCCGCUUUGGCCCCGUCCGUUACGCCCGCGUCGUCAUCGACAAGACAACCGACAAGCCCGCAGGCACAGGCUUCGUCUGCUUCCGCAACAUCCAAGACUGCAAGGCCUGUAUCCGCGGCGCACCCCGGCCCCAAGCCCCCGUCCUACUCAAAGCCAAACACUCCGUCCUCCAAGACGAGCUCGCCGACCCCACGGGCAACUACACCCUCGAAGGGCGCAUCCUGUCCGUCGCGCAAGCCGUCUCAAAGGACGAAGCGCAGCGCCUAGCCGAGGAAAAGCCCAAGAAAAAGAAGGAGGACAAGCGCCGCUUGUUCCUCCUCUCCGAGGGCGUCAUCACUCCCAAAUCCCCCCUCUAUAAACUCCUGACCCCGGCCGAGAUCAAGAUGCGCGAGGCAAGCCUCCGCCAGCGCAAGAAGCUGAUCGAGUCGAACCCUGCUCUCCAUCUCAGCCUGACGCGCCUGGCGGUCCGCAACAUCCCAACCAACCUCACCUCCAAGGACCUCAAAGCCCUCGCCCGCCAAGCCAUCGUCGGCUUCGCAAAGGACGUCAAAGAAGGCAAGCGCCAGCCCUUGUCCCAAGAGGAAAUGACGCGCGGCGGCGACGCUGACCGCGAAGCGGAGCGGCGCCGCAAGGCAAAGGGCAAGGGCGUCGUCAAACAGGCCAAGAUCGUCUUCGAGACGGCCAAGGACGGGUCGAAAGUCGACGAGAAGAAAGUCGCGAAAUCAACGGGGGCGGCGGCGGGGAUCCGGAGUCGUGGAUACGGGUUCAUCGAGUACUACUCGCACCGGCGGGCGCUGAUGGGGCUGCGGUGGCUGAACGGGCACGCGUUGACAAACGAGAAGGGUAAGACACAGAGGCUGAUUGUGGAGUUUGCGAUCGAGAAUGCCAAUGUAGUGAAGAGGAGGCGGGAGAAGGAGGAGAAGAUGAGGUUGGCGAGGGAGCAGAGACGGAGGGAGGGGAAAGUGGGGCCGGCAGAGAAAGACGAGAAACAAGAAGAGAAGAAGGGGAAGGCUGAUGCUAAGGGUAAGGCGAAGGGUAAGGGGAAGAAGAAGGGUAAGGGCGCGAAGCAAGCUCAAGAAAAGAAGAAGAAGAAGGAGGAGGAGGAGGAUAGCAAUAAGCCGGUUGCUGGCAAAGAUAUACCCCCGACUAAGGAAGCCAAGAAGAAGGCCGACGCGAAGCUGGCCAUGCGCACCAAGAUUAUUGCGCGGAAGCGCAUGAUGCGUAAGAAGAAGGCUGCUAUGAGGACUGGGAAGAAAUAA